ACUGGCAGAACUGAAGCAGGCACCAGGCAGUAGAGAGACUUUUGAAAUUGUAAACAAAGUUAACGAACAAAAGCAGUUGUGUAUUUUGUCAGAUUCCAUGUGCUUUUAUGGGAUAAUUGACAUAAUUCGUUGUUUUUAACCGUGAUUUUUGUCACAAAAUGGUGAAUUUGGUUGAUUUUCUCGAGUACGACAUCCACGAUGUCUUACAAAAUUCAGAAAAUGAUGAUUCCGUCAUUUUACAUAAACUCUCAUUAGCGUGUUCAGAAUUUCGUUCCAGCAUUUCUGUGGCUAUUAACAACUUUUUUACUCGAGAAAAAGAAUUUGUUGAAAAGAGUAAAUCCAACAGCGAAACUAUUUCUCAAAUAAAUAAUCAAAUAAAAAACACUGAAAAGGAAUUGGAUGCAGUGUUAUUGAAUCAGAAGGUUACAGAUAGAGAAAUAUCUCACAUUAUUAAGCAACAAGAGAAUCAUCAAGAAAGCGUUAAGCACAUCAGGGAACAAAGGGAAACAAUAUCUCUUGAAAUUGUCGACUUAGAACACGAACUGGAAAAAAGGAAAAAGGAGAAAAAGCUUGAUUGGGAUGCUAUUAAAAGGGCAUGUUUCAUUUACAAGGAUAAGUUAGAUAUUCGGAUAAAAGUAGACACAGUCAAUGACGUCGAAAAAGUAACAGUUACAUUUUUUGUAAAAGAAUACCAUGAUCAAUUUUAUGUUGUUCUCGCGCGUGAAGCUAACUCAUGGAAAGUUGAGAAAAUCGAACCUGAUCUCAAGGCGAAACACAGGAAUGAUUUAAACACAGUGAUCGAGUUCUCGAAUGAUUUCCGAGUAAAGAACAUCACUUCUUUUUUGUGUCGUGUAAGACAUAUUUACUUGAAACACUAUUGUGGAAAAUAAUUUUCUACAAUCAUUUCAAAUAAUGAAUAAAUUAUUCGGAAUUGUAAUAUUAUGUAAUUAUUAAGAAUCAUUUUACUAUUUUCAGUAUUCAAUAUAU